AUGGAUGAUUUAAUCAUUUCCUGCUAUAAUUCCUUUGUUCUUGGGGUGCUCAGUGGACCUGAGCCAGCUGGGUUUCUUUUGUUAGAAAAGUACGCUGAGAUCAAGAGGGGAGAAUCAUAUGAAAAUGCUAUGAUUGAAAAAUAUGGGGAAGAUACAUCAAAUCAUCCUAUAGUUGAUUCUGAUCUUUGGAUAAAGGCUGCUUGUGAAAAUAAAAAAGUGAACUCCCUCCAAGGAAUGAGGAAAAGCCUUCAGAAACAGAUGGUCUUCUUGGACAUUCGCAGGUUUCAUGGUGGAACAGACAAUGUGAAAUUCCUUUAA